AUGCCGCAUGCAGAGUCACCGCCGCCGCCCCUCGUAGGGCAGUCUGACCGGAUAAGUUACCCAGUGGACACGAGCCCCUUCAGGAGAAUUAUGGAUACUCGGACGACCGGCUACGGCUACAGCCGCUCAGGCGGCGCCCCCUCCAGCGGCUUUCGCUCCCAGUCCUGGUCCCGGGCAAGCCCCGGCUCCACCAUGACCUCGUCCUACAAGAGGAGCGCGAACAUGCCGGUAUCCCGGGUUUACAGCUCCACGGUGCACAGCUCCGCCGACGGCGGUGAUUAUGGUCAGACCUCCAUCCUGAACGGAGACUACAAGCGAUCUAACGAGAAAGAGCAACUUCAGGGGCUCAACGACCGGUUUGUUGUUUACAUCGACAAGGUGCACUACCUGGAGCAGCAGAACAAGCAGAUCGAGGACGAGAUCCAGGCACUGCGGCAGAAGCAGGUGUCGCGCUCCCAGCUGGGCGACCACUACGACCAGGAGCUGCAGGAGCUGCGCUCCGUGCUGGAGCAGAUCCACCACGACAAGACGCAGAUCCAGCUCGACACCGACCACAUCGAGGAGGACAUUCAGCGGCUCAGGGACCGCUUCGACGAGGAGGCUCGCAUCCGGGAGGAGACCGAGGCCAUCAUCCGCCUCCUGAAGAAGGACACGAGCGACUCCGAGUUGGUGAAGUCUGAGUUGGAUAAGAAAGUUCAGUCGCUGCAGGAAGAGAUCGCCUUCAUCCGCAACAACCACGAGGAAGAGGUGAACGACCUCUUCGCCCAGAUCCAGGAGUCUCAUGUGACCGUGGAGAGGAGAGACCACCAGAAGACGGACAUCACCGAGGCUCUGCGAGAGAUCCGCUGCGAGCUCGAGUGCCACUCCAACCAGAACCUGCAGCAGGCGGAGAACUGGUUCACGUGCCGCUUCUCGAAGCUCACCGACGCUGCGGAGCAGAACAAGGACGCCAUCAAGUCCGCCCGUGAUGAGAUAUCCAACUACCGCCGCCAGCUGCAGUCCAAGACGGUGGAGCUGGAGUCCAUCCGCGGGACCAGAGACUCGCUGGAGAGGCAGCUGAACGACAUCGAGGACCGCCACAACAGCGACCUGUCCAGCCUGCAGGAGACGAUUCACCAGAUGGAUAAUGAGCUCAAGAGCACCAAAUGGGAGAUGGCUCGUCACCUGCGUGAGUACCAGGACCUGCUCAAUGUCAAGAUGGCCUUGGACAUUGAGAUCGCUGCAUACAGGAAACUCCUAGAGGGAGAGGAGACCCACUUCAGCACUUUCCCUUAUGGUCAGGUGGUCCCACCUUCCAAAAUCUCUAAAGUCAAAUCAGACUCUCCGAGGAUGAAGGUGUACCACAAGUUUGUGGAAGAGAUCAUAGAAGAAAUAAAAGUUGAAGAUGAGAACUUAGACAUUGACGAGGACCUGGCAGAAAUAGCGCAUGGGCUGUCUGCCACACUCGGAGGGGCAAGAGAUGAGGGUGAGGAAGAGGAGGGAGAAGAGGAGGUUAAAGAGAAAGGAGAUGGAGACGAAGCAGAGGGUGAGGAGGAAGAGGGAGAGGGUGAGGGCAAGGAGGAAGUUAUAGCUGCAACUGAAGCCAAAGUUAGCUCUAGUGAACCUGCUAAAGAGGAAGAGAAGGAUGGAAAAGUUGGUGAUGAGGAAGAUAAAAAAGAGGAUGCGGGCAAAGACCAAAAAAGUGAAAAAGACGAGAAGUUAGAAGAUGAGAAAGCAGAAGAAGCUGUAGCCACGACAGAAGCUCCAAAAACAGAAGCGGCAAAGCCAGAGGCCAAGAAGGAAGAAGCCGAGGCAUCAAAACCAGAUUCCACCAAGUCUGAAUCUCCCAAGUCUGAAUCCCCAAAGCUUGGAUCUCCCAAGUCUGAAUCCCCAAAGCUUGGAUCCCCCAAGUCUGAAUCCCCAAAGCUUGGAUCCCCCAAGUCUGAAUCCCCCAAGCUUGGAUCUCCCAAGUCUGAAUCCCCAAAGAUUGGAUCCCAACUUGGAUCCCCCAAGUCCGAAUCCCCAAAGCCUGAAUCCCCUAAAUCUGAAUCACCUAAACCUGAUUCCCUUAAGUCUGAGUCUCCCAAGCCUGCAUCUCCGAAGUCUGAGUCCCCAAAAGAAGGUUCAGAAAAGGCUGGAUCCCCAAAACCCAGCUCCCCUCAAACCGAGUCUCCCAAGUCAGAUUCCCCUAAACCCGAAUCUCCAAUAGUUGAAUCCACAAAAGUCGCCAAGUCUGAGGCCCCAAAAGCUGCUGAAGAGAAACCAGAGAAAAAGAGCGACUCAAUAAAUGAGAAGAGCGAAGGAAAGAAAGAUGUUUCCAUGAAUGGCGAUGUCGACAAGAGCAGCCCAGAAGAGAAAGAGAAGAAGGAUGAGGGCAAAGAAGAAGGUGGCGUGAUCUCUAACGGCGUGGACGAAAGUCCCUCCAAGGAAGACGCCAACCAGAAAGUGGUGAUCACCAAAACCGUGGAGACGAUCACCACCGAAGGAGAUGGAUCCAAGCACGUCACCAAAUCCGUCACCGUGACCGAGACGGUGAAGGAGGAGGUGGAGGAGGUGAUGCAGGAGACGCUGCUCGCCACCAAGAAGACGGAGAAGCACUCCAGCCUGUCCGUCAAGCAGGUGACGGAGGCCGAAUGAGCGGACUCCGGGGCGGCUGAUCCGUGGAGGUGGAGGACACGAGAUAAGCAAUCAACCCAGAACUAACAUUACAAAAGAAAACCAUACAGCUAGAGCGAUGUAAUAAAGAUAACCACUCGCAAACAUACAAACAAAUCAUAGAGAGAAGCCAAAACUUAAAUUGUACAAGUUUUAAAAAAUGCAUGUUGAGUGACAGCUUUAAAAACGGGCUUUGCUGCAGACAGGUGAGGAGCUAGCGACUGAGACAUUUUAUCCUCUUUUUCUUUCUUUCUGCAUUUCACGGAGCGAGCUCACGGGAGGGAGGGGGGUCUCUGCAUGCUAGCUCAGGAGAGGGGGGAACCUUCCUAUCUUCUGUAUGUAUGGUAGACAUGCACUGUAAAAAGAGUAAAUAUGUCAAUGGAAUAACUGCAUUGUUGAGGAAUAUUAAUGAAGUUGAGAGGUUUUUGAAGUUUAAAUUUAGGGGGGGGGUGUAAGAGGGACAAGCAGACGGGAG